AUGGAGCUGACUCAAGACGAUUUACACACAAUAGCCAACGCUCGGCAGUGUCACAUCUGUGGCAAGUCAUUCAACGAUCCCGAUGAUUACGAAGUUCGCGAUCACAAUCAUCUAACUGGCAAAUUCAGAGGUAUGGCACACAACUCUUGCAACCUCAACUACAAGAAACCGCAUUUCCUGCCGGUGUUUGUUUACAACCUGAGCGGAUACGACACGCACCUGUUUAUAAAGAUGUUUGGUCCCAACAACGAAACCAUAAAAGUUAUCCCAAACAACGAGGAACGCUACAUCUCCUACACCAUCGAGGUUGAGCGUGGAGUGAAAAUACGGUUCCUGGACUCGUUGAGAUUCAUGGCCAGUAGUCUAGAUAAACUAGCAAAGAAUCUAUCUCCCGAUCAGUUCAGACACACAGCUAAAUACUACUCUGGUGAAAAACCUGAACUGUUACUUAAAAAGGGUGUCUAUCCCUACGACUACAUGGACAGUAUGGAGAAGUUUGAACGUUCGUCCCUGUCCGCUCAGAACGACUUUUACAACAAGCUGAACGAUGCUCACGUAAAGCCAGAAGACUACCAACAUGCGGUCAACGUUUGGAAUACCUUUGGCGUUCAGAAUAUGAAAGACUACACAGUGCUCUACAAUCAAUCGGACGUACUACUACUGGCAGACGUCAUGGAGAACUUCCGCGACGUUUGCAUGCAGACGUACCAGCUCGACCCUGCUUGUUACUACACGGCUCCCGGACUCGCUUGGAGCGCGAUGCUCAAGACCACUAUCACCAAACUCCAUCUGCUUACUGAUUACAACAUGAUCCUGAUGAUCGGAAAGGGCAUUCGAGGCGGAGUGUCACAGUGCUCUAACCGGUACGCUGCAGCCAACAACUCGUACAUGGAAGAUUUCGAUGAGGAGCAACCGACUUCCUACCUGACAUACUUGGACGCCAACAAUCUGUACGGCUGGGCCAUGAGUCAGUACAUCCCGUAUAAGAACUUUAAGUGGUGCAAAAUCAACAUUGACGUCACACAAGUCCCGGACGAUUCACCAACUGGCUACAUUCUAGAAGUCGAUCUAGCGUAUCCAAAGAAUUUGCACGACUUGCACUCUGACUUGCCUCUUGCACCGGAACGUAGAGUACCGCCGGGAUCGAAUGAAGAAAAGUUACUCAUCACACCGUUUGAGAAGAAAAAAAAAAAAAAAAUGUUGUCCACUACAGAAACCUGA